AGGGAGACUAAAGGUCAGUUUCUCAUAGAUCACAUCUGCAACUAUUACAGCUUGCUGGAAAAAGACUAUUUUGGCAUUCGAUACGUUGACCCUGAGAAGCAGAGGCACUGGCUUGAGCCCAACAAGUCUAUCUUCAAGCAAAUGAAAUCUCAUCCACCAUAUACCAUGUGCUUUAGAGUGAAAUUCUACCCACAUGAACCCUUGAAGAUUAAAGAAGAGCUCACCAGAUACCUCUUAUAUCUACAAAUAAAAAGAGACAUUUUCCAUGGCCGUUUGCUGUGUUCUUUUUCUGAUGCUGCCUACCUGGGUGCCUGUAUUGUCCAAGCUGAGCUUGGGGAUUAUGAUCCUGAUGAACACCCAGAGAAUUACAUCAGUGACUUCAAGAUUUUUCCCAAGCAGUCACAGAAGCUUGAGAAGAAAAUAGCUGAAAUGCAUAGAAAUGAUUUCAGAGGUCAGAGCCCAGCAGUUGCUGAAUUUAACUUGCUCCUGAAGGCAUAUUCUUUGGAAACUUAUGGUGUUGAUCCUCAUCCUUGCAAGGACUCAACGGGGACAACUACAUUUUUAGGAUUCACAGCUGCAGGAUUUGUAGUUUUCCAGGGGAAUAAAAGAAUUCACUUGUUAAAAUGGUGUGAUGUCUAUAAACUGAAGUUUGAAGGGAAGACUUUUUAUGUGUUUGGAGCUCAGAAAGAGAAAAAGGCUGUCCUGUCAUUCCAUACCUCUACACCAGCAGCCUGCAAGCAUCUUUGGAAAUGUGGGGUGGAGAACCAAGCUUUUUACAAGUAUGCAAAAUCCAGCCAGAUCAAGACCAUGUCCAGCAGCAAGAUAUUUUUUAAAGGCAGUAGAUUUCGAUAUAGUGGAAAAGUAGCCAAAGAGGUUGUGGAGGCAAGCUCUAAAAUCCAGAGGGAACCUCCUGAAGUUCACAGAACCAGCAUUUCCCAGAGUCGCAGCUCACCCUCGUUGAACAAGCAACUCAUAAUCAACAUGGAACCUUUACAGCCCCUCCUUCCUUCUCCCUGCGAGGAGGAAGAAGUUCCUUUAGAUGAAGGUAUCCAACUGCCAAAGGAAGAUGAGAUUUCAGUACCUGUGACUUCAAGCUCUCCGGUUAAGGACACUGGGGAGAAUGUUGAUCUUGCAGUUGAACAGGAAGAGAAGAUGAAAGAGGAACCUUUAACCAUCUCAGAACUGGUAUACAGCCCAAGUGCCAGUUUGCUUCCCACCCCUGUUGAUGAUGAGAUUGACAUGCUCUUUGAUACCUGCCCGAGAGUAGAGAAUGAGAAAGAUGAUACAGAUUCGUUUGAAGAACUGGAAGCAGAUGAAAAUGCAUUUUUGAUUGCAGAGGAGGAAGAACUGAAAGAAGCUCGGAGAGCGCUUAGGUGGAGCUACGAUGUUCUAAUGGGCAACAUAGAGGUGAAUGCCUUUGUGAAGAGUUUCUCCAGACUUCUCCUUGUAGGCCUUGGACUGUUGUUGUUUGUGUUCCCUCUUCUCCUUGUUCUCUUGGAGUCGGACCUUCAAAUCUCUUUCCUCCAUGAGAUCCGUCAAACGCCGGAGUUUCAGCAGUUUCAUAUUGAAUAUUACUGCCCCCUUAGGCAGUGGGUGGCUUGCAAAAUAAACUUCAUUCGUAACAUGCUGGGAAGCUUUUAAAUUUUAAAUAAAUAUGAUACAACUAAGGGCUAUAUUCAAAAUUUCAGUUAGGGCCAGCUUUCCAUAAUGCCCCUGGGGCCAUCAGUUGGUAACUGUUUUCAUAUCCAGUUCAUUACAGACUCUGCAGGAUCUUAAGUUCCCUUUACAUACUUAAAUUGCCCCUUUAGUUACAGACUUACACAGUUACCUUUCAGUAACCAAAAAAAAGCUUUACUUUAAUUGCAUUUCAGAAUUCCAGCUCAUCUAUUACAUCAUAUAAGGCAGGGUCACAAUAAGUUUCAUUGUCCUUAACCUUUCAAUCCAGGACACUAAAUCCAAUGAAACUGAAAGAAAAACUUUUUUGAAUAUACUCCUUAGUGCAGCAGUCUCUCCUAACCAAUGCCUAUACAAGCAAUGUUAAUGCUGAGGUUUUGUUUUUGUUCUGUUUUCCUGUUUGUUUGGUUUUUUACAUUUUUAUGUGUUUAAAAUAUUUUGGUAAAUUUUUAGCAAAAGACAACUUCUGAUGUUAUUUAAAUGUACAAAUUGGUAAGAAUAAUGCACAAGGGCAUGUAGGGUGUUUUUAGUGUUUUAGCAAUGAUUUGUUUUUAAACUGCUGGCUGGAGAAUGAAUGAGUUUAAUACAGCUCUAUACAAAGGGACUGUGGUUUGGGAAAUAUAUAGAAAGUUCACUCAAGUUCAGUAGGGGCUGCCUGGGGGAGGUGAAAGGACACCAAGUAUGCAGAGGAAUUUCUGAAAGGCACAGUUGUAAAGCCUGGGGAAGUAAGCAGAACUGAACGUAGUGACCCUUCCUCUUACCUGUCAGGUUGUCUUACGCUUUAUCAGUGCUGUAGAAAGUCUCUACAAGAUGGUCCAAGUAUGUUUUGGAAGACAGGGAAUCUUCAGUCUAAAUGUAGAUUAUUGUACAUAACAUGGAAGAAAAUAAUAGUAAGUAGCAAAAAAAAAAAAAAAACCAAAAAAAA